AAACAAAUAAAAAUUGCUAUUGAAAAAAAAUAUAUUCGUUAAUUUAUUGUAAUAAAACUAGUGCAAUCAUAUAAAAAAACACAAUGGCAGAUGCCGGUCAAUGGUAUAAACAAUUGCCCAGAUUCACCAGAUACUGGCUGACUGCAACAGUGACCCUGAGUCUAUUGGCUCGCUUUGGCAUAUUGCCCGCAUAUCAGAUGUAUUUAUCACGAGAACUAGUCCUAACAAAAUUACAUCUAUGGAGAUGUAUCACCAGUCUAUUUGUUUACCCGCUGACACCUUCAACGGGCUUUCAUUUUCUCAUCAAUUGCUACUUUAUCACACAGUACAGCGCCCGUUUGGAAAAAGAUCAAUUUGGUCGCAGUCCGGCCGAUUAUUUGUUCUUGCAAUUGGUUGUAGCCUCGUUAGCUAUUGUGGGAGGUUUGCUAUUCAAUGUACCCUACCUUAUGGAUCUGCUGGUGGUGGCCGUCACCUACAUAUGGUGUCAGCUGAAUAAAGAAGUGAUUGUGAACUUUUGGUUCGGCAGUCGCUUUAAAGCCAUUUAUUUACCAUGGGUUUUAGCUGGUAUGGAGUUGAUUUUCCAAGGUUCCAUAGCUUCUCUUAUUGGCAUUUUCAUUGGUCACUUUUACUAUUUCCUCAAAUUCCAAUAUCCUCAAGAAUUAGGCGGCAAUGCUUUCCUGGAAACGCCUUUCUUACUCAAACAAUAUGUACCCGAUAUUAGUGGUGGCAUCAGUUACUUUGGCGUACCACCAGCCUCAAGAGCCGAACAGAGACCUGGUGGUGCUGUCGCUGCAGCAGGAAUUUGGGGACGUGGUAAUGCUUUGGGUCGUUAAUUUCACCUCAACUCACUCCUCUCAUUCCCAGCGAACUAAUUACAUAUUUUGUAUAGUAAAUGAAAUAACAAAUAUUUUUAUAAAUCGUACUGAAUUUCGAAAUUAUAGUUUUCUUUAUCAUACUUAAUCGGUGUCUCUCAAACAUAUUAAUACUAUUCGUACUUUUAUGUAAACCUAAUAUUUUUCUACACAAAAUAAAAUACCGAAAACUAAUAUUGUAAAAAAAACCGUAAUAUUUAUAAGGUUAAGGUUGAUUACUAAAGCAAGCUGAAAAUUAGAUUAAUUUAAAUGUAAAAUAAAGAAAAACAAAUUAAGAGAAAAGUGUA